AUGCGGUUCUUCAAAAAACUAGGUUUGAUCGUAGCUGGUGAAAUCGAAAAUCCUGUCGCUACUAGACUCAUAACUUGUCACUUAGGCUUACAUGCAGAACAAUUUGAUUCUGAUCUUACUCGCUUCUGGGAAAUCGAAGAAAUUCCCUCAUCAAAACUUUCAUCCCCAGAAGAAAAAGCAUGUGAAGUACAUUAUUCACUUCACACUACUCGAGAUAAAUCUGGUCGAUAUGUCGUUAGGCUUCCUUUUAAUGACAAAAUUCAAAAUUUUGGAGAAUCUUAUUCAACUGCUUUAUGUCGUUUUUACGCCUUAGAAAGGCGAUUCCAAAAGGAUCCAGAUCUUCAACACCAAUACUCUGAUUUUUUGAUCGAAUAUCAAAAGCUGGGUAAUAUGUCUCGUAUUUCCGGUCAAGACGAUACUGCCAGGGGUUUUUAUCUUCCCCAUCAUGCGGUUAGAAAGGACGACAGUUUGACUACCAAAAUUCGAGUCGUAUUUGACUGUUCGGCAAAAACAUCAACCGGUAUUUCAUUAAAUGAUACUUUAAUGGUAGGUCCUAAAGUACAAGAUGAUCUGUUUAUAAUUUUGCUUAGUUAUCGUUUGCAUCUAUAUGCACUUACUGCCGAUGUUGAAAAAAUGUAUCGACAAAUUCGUGUACAUCCAGAUGAUGCAAUCUAUCAAACGAUUCUUUAUCGUGAAAGUAUUAGCGAUCCGAUUGAGACUUAUAUUCUUGAAAUUGUCACAUAUGGCACAGCUUCUGCCUCUCAUCUAGCUAUUCGAUCCUUACAGCAGCUAGUUGAGGACGAAGGUCAUUACUAUCCACUUGCUUCUGUAUCUUUAAAAAAAGAUUUCUACGUGGAUGAUCUUCUAACAGGUGCGAAAACACUGCCAAAAGCAGAGCUAUUGCGCGAUCAACUACAAGAUUUAGUUAAGAAAGGUGGCUUUCAAUUACGAAAAUGGGCUUCAAAUCAUCCGUCUCUUAUAUCCAAUUAUUCUGAGCAUCCAAAAAAUACUCAUAUGUGCCUUGAUCCUGAAUCGUCUGUCAAAACCCUCGGUAUCCACUGGAACUCUAAAAGUGAUAUACUGUUUUAUUAG